GACGGGCUUCCUUUGGAGUUUGGUCUAUUGGGCUCUGGUCGAUAUGUAUCUUAUCUAUAGAUAAAUGUCAUCAAUCCAGUAUCUUCUGUGCCUAAAACUGCAAAACCCAAAACCCCAAUUCACCAGUGGCAAAGAUGUUGCAGAGCAUCUUUCACAGUCGUUUAUCACACACUGCUACUACUACUUCUACUCUCCUUCCUACUAAGAGCCCCUCUUCUCCAUUUUUCUUCACUUCUCAAUUUUCCUUUCACCUAUAUUCACGGUGUCAGCAGUUAAAGCAACCCAGAAGAGGCAAGAAUAAGCAAUUCUUGGUGUUGUGUGCCAAUUCUGAGGCGGGUGUUGCUGGUGGUUCCUUGGGUGUAGAAGAUGGAAGAAGAAGCAGAACUGAAGAAGAAUGGAAUGAGAAAAUGGAUUCUUCCCAGUACGAAGCUUUACUCAAAGGUGGAGAACAGGUCACUUCUGUUCUUCAAGAAAUGAUCACUCUUUUGGACGACAUGAACAUGGAUGAGGCAUCUGAGAAGGUGGCAGUUGAAUUGGCUGCACAGGGAGUCAUUGGAAAAAGAGUGGAUGAGAUGGAAGCAGGGUUUAUGAUGGCCCUAGAUUACAUGAUUCAAGCUGCUGAAAAGGACCAAGAUGAUAUGCGUAAGUCACUGUUGGAAGUGGUCAAGGAAACUGUAUUGUCCCAUCUUACAAAAAAAUGCCCACCACAUGUUCAAGUGGUUGGCUUGCUUUGCAGAACUCCUGAGAAAGAAAGCAGGCAUGAACUACUACGAAGAGUGGCUGCUGGUGGUGGUGCCUUCGAAAGUAAGAACGGAACCAAAGUACAUAUUCCAGGGGCAAAUCUAAAUGAGAUAGCAAACCAGGCAGAUGAUUUACUGGAGUCAAUGGAAACUCGGCCAGUUGUUCCUGAUCGGAAACUACUUGCAAGGCUUGUAUUAAUCAGAGAGGAAGCUAGAAAUAUGAUGGGAGGUGGAAUCCUGGAUGAAAGAAAUGACCGUGGUUUUAGCACACUUCCUGAAUCUGAGGUGAACUUUUUAACCAAGCUAGUAGCUUUGAAGCCUGGGAAGACUGUCCGCGAUAUGAUAAAAAAUGUAAUGCUAGGGAAAGAUGAAGGAGCCGAAGAUCCAGCUACUGAGGAGGAGGACACAAGGGAUGAAAGUAAUACAAAAGGAAUUGCAGGAAGGCCAAGUGUAACAGGACGAAAACCACUUCCUGUACGCCCAGGCAUGUUUCUUGAGACUGUCACCAAGGUGUUAGGUGGCAUAUAUUCUGGAAAUGUUCCUGGGAUUACAGCACAACAUCUAGAAUGGGUUCAUCAGAAUACACUCGAAAUUCUACAGGAAAUAGCAUUCUAGUCUUUCCAGUGCAGAAAUCAUUUUGCAGUUCAUUUAUUUCAGAGGUAAAGAGCAGUUCUCAUACAUGAUUUUUCAUUUAAAGAACUAUUUGAGUGAUAUGGAAAAGUAGAAAAUUGUGUACGAGUUUGUUGGGUUGCACGCAACAAAUCUUCUUUGUCUUGUCGGUCCAUCUUAAAAUUAAUUAACAAGGGGCUGUUUGGCUGUUCACUUUAUUAAUAGAGAUGAACCGUAUGUGUGCACUUCCGGUUCUUGUCA